UUCAGAAACCUUUUUCCUCACUCCUCGUCCUUGUUUUUUUCUCCCUCUCGAUUCCUUGUCCUGGAAAUUGAAAAUUUGAAAAAUGGGUUUCCUAUUCAGAGCUCUGCUUUUAACUCUGUUUUUAGUUUCCCACCAAACACAAGCACAGGAAUUCAAUUCCUCUUUCUCCUCCAAUAAUGCUUCUUCUGCUUCUGCUACCAGUACUACUAGUACUACCAGCUCAGUCGCCAGAAGGCUCGCAGGAAAAUGCAACUGGUUCCGCGGUACAUGGGUCUACGAUGCUUCUGCUAAACCAUCCUACUAUUCCUCCACCUGUCCCUUCUUAGAUCCACAGUUCGACUGCCUAAAGUACGGCCGCCGCGACACCGCUUUCCUCAAAUACAGAUGGCAACCCUUCUCCUGCGCCCUUCCCAGGUUCAAUGGGUUGUAUUUCUUGGAGAAAUGGAGGGGGAAGAAGAUCAUGUUUGUGGGUGACUCAAUGAGUUUCAAUCAUUGGGUGUCUUUAACAUGUAUGCUUCAUGCCUGGGUGCCAAAUUCCAGGACUUCAUAUGUUAAGACAAAUAGUUUAUCUUCAGUCACAUUCCAGGACUAUGGAGUACAAAUACUGCUGUAUCGCACACCAUACCUGGUAGAUCUUGUCAACGAGAACGUGGGACGAGUGUUGAAGCUUGACUCAAUUACGAAUGGCAAAGCGUGGAGAGGCAUGGACAUGCUGAUCUUCGACACGUGGCACUGGUGGACUCACACCGGAAGAACACAGCCAUGGGACUACCUGGAAGAAAGGGGUAAAUUGUACAAAGAUAUGAACCGUCUGGUCGCAUUUUACAAGGGAAUGACAACUUGGGGCAGAUGGGUCGACCGAUAUGUCGAUCCUUCCAAAACCAAGGUCUUCUUCCAAGGCAUUUCUCCUACCCAUUACGAGGGCAAGGAGUGGAAUCAGCCAACAAGAUCCUGCGCAAGUGAAACGCAACCAUUCUUUGAGAAAAAGUAUCCAGCAGGAGUACCUUUGUCUUGGGUUGUAGUCAACAAAGUGCUGGCUAGGAUUAAGAAGCCAGUCUAUCUUCUCGACAUCACGCUUCUUUCACAAAUCCGCAAAGAUGCACACCCAUCCAAGUACAGCGGCCACCACGGCGGCACGGACUGCAGCCACUGGUGCCUUCCCGGUCUGCCGGAUACUUGGAAUCAGCUCCUCUAUGCUGCUCUAUUUGCUUGAAAUAUUAACCACCAUUAGCAAUAUUGUUGUAUUUCAUUAGUCAUUCGUUCCUGAAAGAAACUCUCAUUGUUUCAGGAAAAAGUAGGGUUUUUUUUUCUUUCCUUGUUUUCUUUCUGCAUUUUACUUGUGCAUGCAUUUGAGCAAUAAGAGGGUUCGGUCGUGAUUCAACUGUAUAUUUACAUCGUUUGGAAUACAGUUUAAUUGAUCCCUCAAAUUAGAAAAACAAAUUUGGUGGCUCA